UCGGGUCUCUUAAACAUUAAGAGACCCGGUUUCAUACCUUUUUGACAAUGGGGCGGUACGGUGUUUUAUUGUCUGCUCAUUGAUAUUGGCGUUGGAAAAAACGUUGGAAAAUGAGGACACGCGCGUACUUUUUGUUCCUUGCGAUAACAUCGUGCUUACUUAUCUGGUACUACAUAAACCAACUUGUUGACCGGAGCACCCGGACACAGGAUAUGAGUGGUCGUUUGAUUCUAGCAGGAGGAGUCACCAAAUUCAAAGACAACGACAGCAUUCCAGCUUUGCAAAACCUGAUGGCAACCAGGACUGAAAUUUCCCUAGUUGUUGUAGCGUGCAACGAGCGUCACAACGAAGCACUCAACAUGUUAAAGUCAGCGAUAAUGUUUAACCACAAUCGAACUCCUUUACGAUUUGUUGUGAUAGCAGAGGAAAAGUUGAAAAUUAAUUUCAUGGAAAAACUAAACGAUUGGCAACAGCUUACCGAUCGGGUAUUCACUUACGAGAUCCAUUCCCUAACAUUCCCACGUGCAAACAAAAAUGAAUGGAGAAAAUUGUUUAAACCUUGCGCCGCUCAGCGACUUUUUCUACCGUCCCUAUUGUCACACUUGGACGCAGUUUUAUAUAUAGAUUCUGAUACGAUAUUCCUGUCGUCGGUACAAGAGAUAUGGAAUCUCUUUCGUCAAUUCAACGCAUCUCAAUUCGCUGGUAUGGCUCCCGAGCAUGAGGAUAAGAAUGCGGGAUGGUAUAAUCGAUUCGCUCGUCAUCCGUACUACGGUGACCUCGGUGUGAAUUCAGGUGUCAUGUUGAUGAAUCUCACGAGGAUGCGGCAGUUUAGCUGGCAGGACCAUAUCCUACCGAUUUAUCGCGAGUAUCGCCUGCGGCUAGUCUGGGGUGAUCAAGACAUAUUGAAUGUGUUGUUCCACUAUCAUCCAGACCGGCUGUACGUGUUUCCGUGCGAAUGGAAUUACCGAGCUGAUCACUGCAUGUAUAUGACCGUAUGUGAUGCGCCCGACGGAGUAAAAAUAAUUCACGGGAACCGUGGAUAUUUUCACAAGCAAGCUCAGCCAAUCUUUAACCUCAUAUACACGACGAUUGAAGAAUACACUUUCGGCACUGACGUAUAUAAGAACGUUAUACGCACGAUCGAAGAAUCUUUGAUGCUACCGAGUCACUCAAACUGUGAUAAGUUAUUGGAUAAAUUCCUGUACGAUCCACGAAAACAUUUCAAGAAAAAACCAAUUGACGGAAUGACGUAGAGAAUUCCGAUAAAACUGACAAAUCUACUAUAUAUAUAUAUACAUUUCUUUAAGACCUCGAG